UUGGGUAUACACUUUGUCAUCAGCAGCUUGCCAUGCCUGGCGUGACAGACAUAUGGAAGAUUGCAUUACAAGAUGGUUACUGUGUUACUUUGUUCCGCGAUGAAGUCAUUAUGUAUCACAAGGAGUUUCAAAAUUUACUUGAUGGGAUGAGGGGUUAUGGUAAGCGAGUGAAAGAUAUUCAAGAUGCAGUGACACAUUCAUUAGCAACACGAGGACUAAUUCACAAGGAACGUCGUAACUACCUUAGAACAGCAUUGAGAGAAAUGUCUCUAAUUCUUACUGAUCAACCAGGCCUUUUGGGACCAAAGAUCAUUGUUGUGCUUCAAGCAUUAAACAUGACAAGAGAUGAGAUCAUGUGGCUUGUGAGGCACACUUGUAAUCCGCCACCAAAAGGGAAAAAGUUAAACCAAGAAGACUAUGUCGACAAUAAAUUACCUCAGUUGCUGCUUUAUGUGGAGGAGGUGAGAGGCAUGAUCCAGAAAUAUGUAUCAGUAUUGCAGCGGUAUUUUGUACAGUACUUGGGUGGUUUUGAUGUUGCUGUACUCAAAGAAGUUGUACAGAAAAUUUCAGUAUGCUCUGACGAUAUCUCCAUUAUUAUGACCUCAUUUAUUGAAGAUCUGUCACUGCUGAAUGUCAAACAAGUGGAAGCAGGAGACACAUUUGAUUUUGAGAGUCUUCGAUUGGACUGGAUGCGUCUUCAGGCUUAUACCAGUGUUCGUGGGGCGGCACCAGAGUUAAAAGAUAACCGAGACUUAGCUGUGCUCAUGAACAAUGUGGCUUUUCACUCUAAACUGGUUGAUACACCAGACAAGCUUUUGAAUGAGAUCUCUGAUAUGUCCAUUUUCUGUUUUUAUCCCAGCUUUUUUGAGGAUUCAUUUGUGAAGUGUGUGGAGGAUUCUAACUGUUCACGAUUUUCUGUGGCAUUUCCAUUGAUCUGUGGCCACUUCAUGUCUUGUACCAGUGAUUUUUGCCCGGAAGAGCGCCAUCCUAUUGGAGAUCGCAGUUUGGCGGCGGUGAAUCUGUUUCUGGAAUCCAUGGCAAAAGAAGCGAGGAAUAUCUUGAGCCAGUUGUGCCCUGAUCAUAUUCAACUCAAUCAGCAGUUAUGGCAGUUGCAAGCCGUUCGUUUGAUGACAGAAUUAUCUGCCGCACCGAAAAAGGACAAAAACAAGAAGAACGUGCAGAGCGAGUUUGCUCCGCCCGGCAGCGAGAGCUUCCGAAAGAGCAGAGAAAACCUUUCAACUUUGGAUCGGAAACUGAUUUCCUUGACAGAGAUCUGCCAAGCAAUCACUUACACAGAGGCUAUUCCAGUGUGGGAACACAUCUUUGCUCCUCGCGAAUAUCUCAACUCGCAGUUGGAAGAGUUCUUUACAAAGUCUGUGGUGACUAUGGCACAGUUCGAUUCGGAUAACUCGAGGAUUGCACGUCCCUCAGAAGUCCUAAGUAACAUUAAGGCAACCAUGGCUUCCUUGAGGGGUCUUGAAAACUACACUGGUGUAGACAUGGCUCGGUUGUUCAAUCAUGUUCUGUUGCAGCAAACACAGCCUGAAGACAGCCAAGGAGCUAUAACCAUCACCAACAUGUAUGCUACAUGGUACCUUGAUAUUUUCUUGCGUCGUGUGAUGAUUGAAAACAUGGUGUUCUCUCCUCGCCGUCGAGCCUUUGUCAACAAACCUGGUCAGUCUUUCAGAGCAGAGGAAUACACGGACGUGAAUGAAUUACAAGCUCUCGCCGAACUGCUUGGGGCGUAUGGCAUGAAAUAUCUGGGACAGAAAAUGAUGCAGCAAGUAGCGAGUCAAGUUGGAGAGAUAAAGAAAUUGGUCGUUCUAAACAAAGAUGUGUUGACGAGUCUGCGGACAAGUUUUGAUAAACCCGACCAGUGUAUGGAGCUCGUAAGAAGGCUGAAAAAUAUUGAAGAUCUGAUUCUCCGAGUGAUAAUUGUUGGAGUGAUUUUGACUUUCCGUUCUCUGACACAAGAAGCUCUGGAAACUGUUUUGAAGAAGAGAGUGCCAUUUUUGAUAAACUCCAUAGUGGAUUUCAAAGAACAUUAUCCUCAAGGAAACAACGAUCGCCCACUUGUAGAUGAAAUGGCGACAUCAGCUGGCCUCCAGUGUGAGCUAGACCCAGUCCUUUGCGAAGCUCUUCGCGUCCACAAAGAAAAGAAGUCCGAUGAAGAUUCCCAGGUUUGGGCAUUGUUCUUGGUAUUCGUAGCAGUGGCACUCCCCUCACUGGCCUAUAGAGACUCCUCUGAUUAUAAUGCUGACCUGGAAGCGCAUGAAAACAACGCCCACUGUUUGUCAGCGUGUAUCAGUCGUGUAGCAGGCGCCUUGUGCUUCAACAAUGGAGAUAGUGCGGAGGAAAGGCUUAGAGAAUUCUUGGCCAUCGCGUCCUCCAGUUUGUUGAAGCUUGGCAUCGAAGCGGAAAAGGAUCUGAAGGCGCGGGAAUCCACUUAUCUGCUGUUAGACCUGAUCGUCAAAGACUGUCCUUACCUUACAAUGGACGUGUUAGAAUCGUGUUUUCCUUACGCUUUGCUGAGGAACGCCUAUCACGAAGUCUAUAAGAGAAAGCUUGAAGUCUGGCUCUAAGCAUGCUCAACUGAGGACUUGUUGCAUAAAAAGCAACUGAGAUGAAGGAGAAGGUUCAUACACUGUACUCAAAUUCUCAUGACCAUCCGAUUUAUUUUUGAAAGGUCAAUAUAUUGUAUGUAGCUUCCAAGCGAAGAGAAGUCGAUGUUACUUAAAACUAGCUAUGAUUCGCUGUCAAAUUAUCCUUUUAAGAUUUUAUACAAAAUGGAAGACGAAAUCCUCGGUGAAUAUCGUAACAGUUAAAAGCAUAGAUUUUGUCAUUCUUGAUUAUUCAAGAUUGGUGUGGUCUCUUUGCGGUUUUAUCAUUUCUAUAAAUACCCGAACGCGGUUUACAAACUUGCUCUACUACUCCUAUUAGUUAUACAGAUUCUUUGCUUUCAUUUCUUUGAUAGAAAUAGUUGAUCUUUGCACACCUCCUUUCAUGACGAUCUGUAUUUUUCUGAGUUGUCAGGUCUAUCUUUUCGUCCUCAAAUAUGGUGUGCUUUUUUGUAAAUUUCAUUUAUUUUGUUCGUCAAAUGGCUGAAAUGAACUGUCCGUUUGUUUGCUGACAUUUUUUCGGCGCCUUGAAUCCUCAGUGUUUGGAAAAGAAUUUUCCACCAAAAAUCAAUCGAUAUAGUAGAUGAAUUCCCUGUCAAGGAUUUUUUGCUCCGUACAUUUAGUUGGCACGAUUUUAAAUAAAGAAAUAUAACUUUUUCAGCGCGGA